GAACAAAAUAUUGAUAUUUUCCUCUUAUUCUAAUCUUGAUAUGUAUUUUUAAAUAUUUUUAGACAAAGAUUUAUAUGCAAUGUCCGAACCAAAUGAACCAGUACCUGGAUUAAAACAGAAAAAGGUGUUUAAAAUUAUUGUUCUUGGAGAUUCUGGAGUGGGUAAAACAUGCCUCACUUAUCGCUUUUGUGAAGGUCAGUUUCUGGAUAAAUCUGAGGCUACUAUCGGGGUCGAUUUCAGAGAAAGAACCGUACGCAUACGCAAUGAAGAUAUAAAGUUGCAGUUAUGGGAUACCGCAGGUCAAGAAAGGUUCCGGAAGUCCAUGGUGCAGCACUACUACAGGAAUGUGCAUGCUGUUGUUAUAGUUUAUGAUGUCACAAAACCAGAAACAUUUCAUUCCAUAGCAAACUGGAUGCAGGAAGUGGAGUCGCACGGGCUGACGGGCGCGCCGCGCGUACUGGUCGGCAACAAGUGCGACUGCGGGACGCCCGAGUCGCGGCUGGCCACCACCUACGCCCAGCGUCUCGCUGACAAGCAUGGCAUGCCGUUGUUCGAAACAUCAGCUCUCUUGGACUCCGAGUGUGAUAAUGUGGAAUCCAUAUUCAUGACAUUGGCUCACAAGCUGUAUUCAAAGCAGCCGCUGCGCGUCCUCAGUGUUGAGGGUGAACGUGGUCCCAGACUUGUGACAUUAUCGCGGCAGAAGCGGAACAACUCGAGCAAUGAUAGUUGCCUCUGCAGCUAGAGGGACGAACAGUGCAGGCCAAUGGCAAAUGCACUUGCGCCAAGUGCAAACUCAAUAUAUAUGAAACAUAUAAAUUAAAAUUUACUGUCUUCGAUCGGGAUAAAUUUUUUACGUAUGGAUUUUAGGAAACUGAUGUAACAGACGUCACGGUAGUCUUCAAUAGAAGAACUCAAUCUCUUUCUCUCUUAAGUUUGAGGAUGACGUUCGUAUUGUUUGCAUUCACUUUGUUUUUUCUCAAGAUCGGUACAAUGAUGUCGUGUAUAUAAUACCGUGUUUAACAUAAACGGUAUUACAAAUGUUCGAACUCUCCAUUUGAACCUUAACGGUACAAGUAAAAUCUCAGCAUCUAUAAAACUAAGAAGUUUAAUGUUGUCUCGAUGACUGUUGAGUCGUUCGCAAGCCCGUCUUAAUCCAUGGUACAGGGCGGCCAAACAAUGAGGCGCUCCAGUUCUAAAUCAUAUUUUGGAGUGGAAGAUAGCUGGAACAGACAUCUAGCGCCUGUUGUAAUUAAGAUCAUUCACUAGUUUCAAUAGUAUUUAAUAAAACUAGUCAAAGAUCUUGACCAUGACAACACAUCUUUGAUGCAAAAUGUAUACCACAGCAGAAUUAAAAUCUUCCAUUGGUUUUAACGUUUCUGUGUCGAUAUCUGCCAAUAUUCAUUAUUGGAUGCAAAUGUAUCACUCAGUAGAACCAGAAUGUUCUAUUGAUAGUGAUUGAACUUCUUUAAGUAUAAGGCAUGAAAAAUUUCAAAGUCGUUAGAAUUCGUAGGUUCUUUAUGUAGUAUUAUUUUUGAAUUUGUGCUUUAAUUUGUUAUAUAAACAAAUAAGUGCGAGUAAAAUAUAUUAGUAUUUAUUAAUAGUUAUGCACCCGACAGUCAUCCUCACUGAACCCCAAAUUGAAUAAUACCUACCAUAACUAACCACUGUCAAAUUUAAAUAUAAAUUCCAGCGGUGAAUUUAUUUAAAUAAUCAAUAUUCCAUCUUAAUUAUAAGUACUAAGGACAAAAGGCUGUGGAUUUGAAGACCUUUUAAUAGCAUAAAAAUUUUUGAGAGUCCGUCAAAGUGACGUUCUGUAGGUUGCUAGGGAUAAAAUAGUUUGGUAAAUAUUAUAUAUUAAAUAAACUAACGAACCAAAACAAAUUUAUCCAAAAAAUGCAUUGAUAAUAUUAAAAUAUACUAUAACAAUCAUUCAUUUUAUCUUCUUCAAAAUCUUAAAAUGUUACCCGCCAUAUUGGGUCAAAUGCUGACGUCAUUUACUUGUAAUCAUUUCACAUUCCCAUCUUUAUUUAAACACAUGAGAUUACACUUAUAAUUCUGUGGCUCGGUACUGAAAGAGUCAAUCCUUACGUAUAUAUAUAUAUAUUUUAAAUUAUUUGGCAAAUAGUAAAAUUAGUUUACAUUAUACUCAAAAAUGUUCUUUUGCCCUUCUAGCACCGGGUCAUAGACUUUAUUGCUCUAUUUUUAUUAGGUAUUAAGUUCCAAUCGUAAUAUAAAAUUUAAUUUGCAUGAAAGACUUCUUGAAACUGGAAUACAUUAAUAUGAUUUUAGAUUAGUAUGUUUUUGUAAUUUCUUAAAAACAUUGCUUAUGAACAAUUGGAACACUUAUAACGUUAUAAUUAUAAUCUUUUCCAAUCGAAAAAGGGAUGAACAAAGACAAACCUUAGAUAAAGUAUUGCAUGCGAGAUCAAACUAACAAAUUUUGAUUAAUAAUCACUUAACUACUUAGAUCCACUUUACUUCCAAAGUAGCGAUGAUAGCUUCGCGCCAUUUUUUUGAAAAUUCAUAAUGAAUAUCAUACAAGAUCUAAACCAAAGAUACAGCGUCAAUUCAAUAUGUUUGUUUGGCCUUGUCCUCUUGUGGUUGGAAUAGACUAUAUAUCAAAAACGUUCCAACAUCUUGUCAUUUGUUUUAAUAUUCGGAGCUUAGUAUAAUUAUUUUGAGCACGUAUUUAAGAUCCCUAUUUAAGUAAUGUAUUAAUUUGUUGAAUUUAUCAUACUGUAAUUAUUAUAAUAGAAAUAAUUCAUUCAAAUGUCUGAAUGUAUGUACUUUAACAUACAUCCUGUGUUCAAGUAUUUCGUAUGCAAUUAUCGGUGAUUUUAUACUUCGUACGUGUUUAUGUUUAAAAAAAUGUUAAAACGUAAAAUUUGCAAAUAAUAUAAAUUCCGAAAUUUUUUACCGAUCAUGUUUUCUUCCUAAUUAAAAAUGAAGGAAUAUCGAUAGCCGUCAUAACAUGUAUAUAUACUUUGCUUAUAACGGUUAAUUAUUAUAUAAUUAUGCUAUGUUACAAGAGAUAUUUCCUCGUUGCUAAUAUGAGUGACAAGUAAGCAAAAUAUGAACCUUCUUCCCCCCGAAAACUGCUUACGUAAGACUUUAACACCUUAUAUUAAUCUUUUUUUU